AUGUUGCGCCGGAAGCCAACCGCUAUCACAAUUACCUCAGAAGAUAUCGCUGCUUUUGAAGAAGCAAGGCUCCGCCAGAUGGAGGAAAACAAACACCCUGAGCAUCGCAAAACCAACUCCAAUUCCAAGUUUGACCCAAGCGAUGAACUAAAACCGCUUCCUGGUGACAAGGCCAGAAUCGUUCGAUCCCGCGAAGAAAGAAUUGGAAUUGGUCGUCGGGGUUGA